UGUUUUAUUGUUAGAAGAGCCUUCCUGGAGCUCCUUCACCAGGCUUUUCACUAGGGGAGAGCAGGGCAGCCAGAAUGAGGAGGCAGAAGUGUGGUCAGUCCCUCAUGCCUCCUGAGCUGUGCCAUGCUGGGGUGUGAUCUCUGCCUGCUCUUCCCCUGUUGUGGGGUGUUUUUGAUGAGCCAGAAGAGAGGACUGAAUCGCAUGCAUGCUCCUGGGGAGCGAUGCCAGGGAGAAGAGUGGAGCUACAGUUUUUGCUGUUGAGUGGAGAAUGGGGAAAACAUGUGCCUUAGUGCUAUAUCCUGCUCAGCCAUUACAUGCUUCUCUGAGCUGCUGCAAGGUGCCACUUUCUGCUGCUUUUCUCCUCUUUGUUUUCUUUGGCAGCUCCCUAAGUGCUGUAUCAAAACAGCUUCAGGGGAGCUGUGCUGGCACGGUCACCCAUCUCCAUGCUGGUGCUGGUUCAAAUGCAGCGAGAAGAAACCUGGAUGGAAGUCGGAUUGAAAUUGUUUAGCCUCCCUCGAAAACCACUGAGAAAGGGGACAGGAACAAUUUCAGAAAGGUCUGUUUGGAACCAAGGCCAGUAGCUGGCUUGAAAGAAAAUGAAAAAGGAGUGUGUUUCAAGAUCUUUCAAACUCAAACAAAACCCAGGCUCCCUCUCGCGUGCUGUAAGCUGGAUAAAUUUCUCCUCCUUGUCAAGGCAGACAAAGAGAUUGUUUCGCAGCGAUGGUGAACUCUCCUCCAUGUGCGUGCAGCAGGUAGACGACGAUGAUGAGAACUGGACCUACAGGAGCCAGCAGAGAAAAGCGGUUUCCAACCUAGAUGAAGAGAGUAGAUGGACUGUGCACUACACCGCUCCGUGGCACCAGCAGGAAAAUGUCUUCCUGCCCUCCUCAAGACCACCUUGUGUGGAGGACCUGCACCGACAAGCCAAGCUGAACCUCAAGUCAGUACUGAGAGAGUGUGACAAGCUGCGUCGGGAUGGCUACCGGAGCUCACAGUACUACUCUCAGGGCCCUACCUUCUCCUCGUCCUCCAGCGCAAUCUGUGGAAGUUACCAGGAUGAUUAUGAAGAAAUUGAACAAAAGUCUAGUCUGUUAGACUGCAUCUCUCAGUCUUGCGUUAGCGCCUGCUGUAACUUGGUUCCCUGGAGCAAAAAGUGUCCCGCCUCUUCCUCAGAAGAAGAAAAGCUUAUUACCAUCAAAAGGCCUAAAACUCCAGUUUCAAAUGAGUUAUCAGAUAUUAACACCCAAACCAACUGGACUAAGUCACUCCCAUUGCCAACGCCAGAAGAGAAAAUGCGACAACAAGCCCAGGCAAUCCAAACAGAUGUGGUUCCUAUUAAUGUGACUGGGGAGAAUUUCGACCGCCAAGCCAGCAUUCGGCGGUCUCUAAUUUACACAGACACGGUGGUAAGACGGCCGAAGAAAGUCAAAAGGAGAAAGACUAUUACAGGAAUCCCUGACAACAUACAAAAGGAGCUAGCAGUUGGCACUGGCCAAAGUGAUUUCCGAGGGCAUUCGAUGUAUGUCCCAGAUCACUGUUCCACGCUAGGGAGACUAGACAGCUAUUGCUGUGCUAUGCAGCGCUCUGAAACCAAGGACACCAGCUGCCAGACGGAGGAAGUUAAAGUUGUGCCCCCUUCAAUGAGAAGAAUACGUGCGCAGAAAGGACAAGGCAUUGCAGCCCAGAUGUCUCAGUUCUCCAGUUCAUCUGGAAACAUGUCAGUGAUGAGUGAUUCUGCUGCAGUUAUAUUUGCUUCUCGCCAAAAUAGCGACAUAGGUUUUCACAGCUUGCCUCGGGCUGGUGCGAGAGUGUCUCUGCAGUCCCUAGAGCAGACACAGAGCAUCUCUAUGCAGACAGAAGACAUCGCUGGCACUUUACCCCACCAGAUAAGUAAAUUGCAAGUGGAUGAUAGUGUCGUGCAUCUGAGGAAUAAUCCCACGACGGGGACCCCGUCGAGGCCAAAGUCUCAAGAGGUGAGAAGCUAUGAUAGCGAAAAGUCCGCAAGCCCAGCAUGUGUGGUCUCUCCUCAUGCUACCUACUCAACAAGCAUCAUACCCAAUGCAACACUGUCAUCCUCCUCAGAAGUUAUCGUUAUUCACACUGCCCAGAGUGCUGGUUCAUUGGAUAGUAAAAUUACAAGCUCCACUGCCUACCCAAAGCCAAGAGACAAUCCUGUUGCCAGCAGUGCAGUAAGUGGGAAAGAAGAUCACCAUUCUUCAAGCGGUAACUGGAGUGAGAGUAGCUCCACACGUCACUCACAGACUUCAGAUACCAUCCCAUCUAAUACUGUCAUGAUGCUUUCUCUUGGUGACUCUGCUGUCUCUCUUAGCACUCCUGGAAAUGCGGAGGCUGGAUCUCAGAGCAUGAGCUACAGCUGUAGGAACAAUCUUGCUUUACCAAACCCUUCCCAGGACAGCGAUGGUAGGAGUGAAUCUAGCUAUUCAGGGGAGCAAGCACAAGCAGCAGUGAGCAGCACAGAGCAUUGGCUGUACAAGUCUGCAGAAAACAGUGAGACUCCUUCAUGCAAGGUGGUUUGUACCACACCAGGCUGUGCCACUCCCGGCAGCAACCUGAGCAGCAGCAGCCUGGAGAGGACUUCAGUCAGGGACGAUUCUACUUCUCUGUAUUCUGUGGACCAUGAUGGUUAUUACAGUUCCGCGCAUAUGGACUCCGGACUGAAGUCAGACGUGCCAUGCAAUAGUACUAAUGGUUUUGGGAACCCCAGAGACAGCGUGAUAAAUGUCUUCGAAGGAAAGGAGAAGAAACAUCAGGAUGACCAGUCAGGCCAAGGUGAGAAAUCCCUUGCAAGAAACAUCUCUCUGAAAAAGGCAAAGAAGCCGCCUUUGCCACCAUCCAGAACAGACUCACUCAGAAGGAUGCCCAAGAAAAAAGCCCAGUCUAAUGGACAGGUACUUGAUGAAACCCUCAUUGCCACUCUCCAGCAUUCUCUGCAGCUGAAUCUCAAGUGCAAAAAUGGCAGCUCCCCUUCCCAGAGCCCCUGCAGUGAUUAUGAGGAUCCCUGGGUGUUGCGAUCCCGCAGCCAAAGCUCAGUCAGUGCAAGCAGUAGCAUGAUGUCCACCACUGCUCCAAACCUGUACUCCAUCUGCACAGUCACUCCCUCUCAGAGUGAAACAAGUAGCAUCAAGUCGGAGUACGCUGACCAGUGGGGUUACUACAGCGACUAUCCCGCAGUGACAGAUGACCAGGUAAAAUCCUCAGUGACCCAUUCUGCCAGUACAUCAUCUGCUCUCAGCGAUUACAGCAUCAGCCACUUCAGUGAUGGCUCAAGGGCUUCUGUGCCACAAGUGCCCAGUGGACUGGCCAAACCAAAGAGCACUUCUCCAGAGAAAUCCCACCGAGUCACAUCGCCGUCGAGUGGGUACUCCAGCCAGUCCAAUACACCCACUGCGCUUACUCCAGUGCCUGUAUUUUUAAAAUCUGCAUCAUCAGGAAAUGGGAAGUCCAAGCUGAAGCCUAAAGUGCCUGAAAGGAAAUCCUCUCUUCUGUCUUCAGUCUCCAUGUCUUCAUCCUCCACUUCUCUUUCUUCGAAUACAUCUACUGAAGGGAGCGUGAGUGUGAAGAAAUUGGACCCCACCCUGAGCUCUCCUCCGGAUUCUAGAGCACCUCCGCCACCACCUCCUCUUCCAACACCUCCUCCGCAUUGCCCCGAACUUUCUCCUCCCCCUCCCCCUCCUCCUCCUCCAGCAGAAGUCAUGGAUCUGUCCCCGUUGCCAGCCUCUCCCACGUUCCCCCCUCCUCCGCCAGAAGCUGAUGUAAAUUCUUCCUUUGCCCAGACUGUCCCGUGGUUUCCGCAAGAAGCCUCCAUCAGUUUGUUCUCUUCCCCCGUUCCUCCUCCUUCUACUUUCCCCUUAGCUGUCCCGCCACCAGCACCACCUCUUGAUCCCAAACUAACAAAAGGUGCAACAAUAUACCCACAGUAUUCUUUUAAGAAACGUAACCAGGAAGAUUCUUGCUACAGUCCAGUGAAGCAGCCACUCAACAAGCAAGACCCAUCGAGACCUGUGAUGCCCUUAGUAACUACCAAAGCAUUGCAAAUGGUGCAGCUGAGGUCCGUGAAAAAAGCAACAGAAGGUGAGCCAUCACCUGAAUCUGCUUCUGAAACCACCUCUCAGGAAAAGGGUACUGUAAAUUCAUCAUCACAGUCUUCCGUAAAGCCAUCUCUCUCACUAAGACUCAGUAACAGCUUAGGCGAAGAGGAAAUGAAAACUCAAGGCACUUCAUUUAAAAACUCAGUUCAAACACUGGCUCGGGGUUCUCCUCUCAUUCUCUCCGAUAACAUACCCGUGCUUGACAGCGAUCAAAAGCCUGCAAGUGCAGUGGGUCUAAACAAGUCUUUUGAAGCUGAUUCACUGGGGACAGCUACUGAAGACACGCCCGAGUCUUCAGUGCAGAGCGAAGACCUCCAUUCUGGCAUGUCACUUCAGGGGUCACCAGCAUCUCCUGACAAGACUCAGGUUAUACUGCCAAGCAAGAAACCACCUCCUAUUUCAAAAAAACCCAAACUGUUCCUUGUUGUACCACCUCCACAGUUAGAUUUUACAGUGGAGAAAAUAGCUGAAGUGAGUGAUGUUGUCAGAAGCACAUCAAGCCCAACUAAGGGAGACGCUGAGCUUGCACACUGCGAGGAGGCGAGAAAUUGUCUUACAGAUGGACUCAUUUCUAGCGAGAUGGACUCUGGCAGCCUGGUUCCUGAGGGAGGAGCUGCCGGAUUCACCUUCUCUGAGACAGUGGGAGCUAAUGCCUUUGUGGUGCAGCCUGCUGCAUCACCAGUUCAAGAAGAACCCAGGCAGGAGGAGCAGUCUGCUUUUGAUGAAGGAAGCAGUUCAGGCAGCAGCCAAGACAGCGGCAGUAACGCGGACGGGCACCUAUCUCAAGAGAACGAAAGUGCGGAGGUAUUUGAAUCGGAUACAGCAAAUAGUUCAUUCCUGCCGAGCAAUAGUUAUGGGGAAGAGACAGACGGAGUGGCAACACCAGCGAGACCAAGGACUACUGAGGAUCUUUUUGCAGCCAUUCACAGAUCCAAAAGGAAAGUCCUUGGCCGUAAAGAUUCUGAAGACGACCGUACCCGCAACCAUUCUCCAUCGCCCCCCGUAACUCCCACUGGUGCUUCCCCAACCUUAGCUACCCUCAAACAAGCCGGAUCAAUUCAGAGAAGCAUUCGCAAGAGCAGCACCAGCAACGACAACUUCAAAGCCCUGCUGCUGAAGAAAGGGAGCCGCUGCGACACCAGUUCCCGCAUGUCCGCAGCAGAGAUGUUGAAGAACACGGACCCGCGGUUCCACCGGACGAAGACGGAUGCCUCCCCUGACCUUUCCGACAGCCCUGCCAGCUGCUCGCCCAGCAAGAGCAAACGGGCCCAGGAAGAGUGGGCCAAGAGCGAGGGCCUGAUGCCAAGGAGCAUGUCCUUCUCUGGCACUAGGUACGGCCGGUCACGAACACCCCCCUCUGCUGCCAGCAGCAAGUACAAUGUCCGCAACCGCAUCCAGAGCAGCCCCAUGACUGUCAUUAGUGAAGGAGAUGGGGAAGUGGUGGAACAGUCAGAGGGCAGGGUCCGAAGGACUUUGGAAGAGCAGCAAGAGAGGCAGCUUGAUAUGUUUAACAGUGAUGAAAUGGACACGAAUGACUUUCCAUAUGCUGAGGAGGCAGGCUGCAAGGAGACCUUGGAUCCAACCCAUCUAGACUUAAUGACUCAGCCAGGUACUUCAAGGAAGUAUCUAAGCCCUUCAGCUGAAGAAAGUUAAAAGGCAGUGACAGAAGGCAUUGGAUAUUAGUCUAGAAAAUGACAGAGGACUAGAUUCCAGAAGAAAGCCGAGACCAGGACAAGUUUACUUUGCUGAGCAUUUAUUCCAUGAACUGCAUGUGUGUGUUUAAAUGCUAAAGCAGUGACAGUUCUGCAUGGUUGUGUUGGGGAGGACUUGCUAUGAAUGAGUGGUCUGUGGCUUAAAGAAAGUUAACAGUUGAAUUUUUUGUGUAAAGCCUUAGAAGUCCUCUUGUUGGGGGGGGAGUUUUCUCAGAGCCUGUAGGGGUGUGAAGUUUUUCUUUUUCUUGAGACUGCAAUUGUGCAAGCAAAAUUUAGGAAUAAGCCUGAAAAAAGAGGAAUGGGAAGGCUCCUGUGGUACAAGCUGGACAUCUGCUUCAAAAGCAUUGUAGUGGUGCAGCGUAGUGUGUUCAUUAAGCAGAGGGAGGCACGAUGAGGCACAUUCACCUAUGAGGAGGUAGUAGGUUGGUGCUGGGGAUACAUGGCUUAUUACUGGGGUGUGCCCCAGUGUUCAAUGAAGCGUGUCCUGCUAAAGCAGUUAGGUCACCAGGUUAUGAAUUGGUCCAGGGUACUUUUUUUUUUCCUGAGGGAAAAUGAAAUAUGUAGUUAACGUAGAAAAGGGAGCUGAGUUUUAUAGCACACUGCUAGCUGCUAUGCAGCCACGUGUACGCUUGGUGAAACACUCAUUUCUAAGUGAAUUGCUUCCUUGACUAGAGUAUUCCCUUAGAGAACUGGAACAACUGGAUGUGUGCGGAGGAUGCCAGCAGACAACAGAAAUGUGGGAGAGGAAUUAAGCAGUGUACUGCCAGAGUUUGGAAGGGUUGCAUUUCUGAAUUAGAAAGCAAAAUUUGACUUUGAGAACUUGCACUACAGAGCUGUAGGUGGGGCCUGUCUUUCAAAAUUGAAACCUGGGAGUUGUGUUUUGCCAGAAGUCUUUCUUCCAUUUGUCAAAAUGGGAAGAUUAUUACUUUUCAUCACUUGAAAUACAGAUACUUGCUAACUUUUGGUUACCAAAGAAUAAGUUACAGUUACUUUCCUUUUUUAUUUGCCUGCAGUAUUUCUCUUCUUUUUUAACCUUAAUAAUUUAGUGAGGUUCGGUUUUAUUGUAUAUUUUACAGAUAAUAAAAACAUUUAACAGUUUUCCAAUUGUCAAGAAGACCAUUAAUUAAAACUGAAAUAUUGGCUGCAGUUUUUGGUUCUUAGUAGGAACGAAGCUUUUAAUUUUUAAGAAGAAUUUUGCAUCACUUGAUGGCGUGCGCAGUUUUUGUAUUGUUUGUAAAUAUUGAAAGUUGUUAAAAUAUCUUUUGAUCUCCCUACCGUAGAAUUUAUACAUUUUUAGAUUGCUUUUAAGAAGAAAAAGCACUCUUUGUAGAUUAUUUAUUUUAGAGAAAUAUGCUUGUAAUCUCUUUCUUCAAUCUUUUACUUGUUAGUAAUGUAAAUUUCAGGGGCCUUCGUUUAACUCUUCCCUUCACAAGAGGGGAAUAGUGAUGAAAAUGCUGUGACUUUGCUUCAAUAAAGAAAAAGGCUGCCAGUUGC